GUGGGGCCGCAGCCGCGCAGACGCCGCCCAGGACGCAGCCGCCGCCGCCGCCGCUCCUCUGCCACUGGCUCUGCGCCCCAGCCCGGCUCUGCUGCAGCGGCAGGGAGGAAGAGCCGCCGCAGCGCGACUCGGGAGCCCCGGGCCACAGCCUGGCCGCCGGAGCCACCCACAGGCCUCCCGGGGCGGCGCCCACGCUCCUACAGCCCGGACGCGCGGAUCCUCCGCGGACACCGCAGCCACCUGCUCCCGGCCCAGAGGCGACGACACGAUGCGCUGCGCGCUGGCGCUCUCGGCGCUGCUGCUACUGUUGUCGACGCCGCCGCUGCUGCCGUCGUCGCCGUCGCCGUCGCCCUCCCAGAAUGCAACCCAGACUACUACGGACUCAUCUAACAAAACAGCACCGACUCCAGCAUCCAAUGUCACCAUCAUGGCUACAGAUACAGCCCAGCAGAGCACAGUCCCCACUUCCAAGGCCAACGAAAUCUUGGCCUCGGUCAAGGCGACCACCCUUGGUGUAUCCAGUGACUCACCGGGGACUACAACCCUGGCUCAGCAAGUCUCAGGCCCAGUCAACACUACCGUGGCUAGAAGAGGUGGCUCAGGCAACCCUACUACCACCACCGAGAGCCCCAAGAGCACGAAAAGUGCAGACACCACUACAGUUGCAACCUCCACAGCCACAGCUAAACCUAACACCACAAGCAGCCAGAAUGGAGCAGAAGAUACAACAAACUCUGGGGGGAAAAGCAGCCACAGUGUGACCACAGACCUCACAUCCACUAAGGCAGAACAUCUGACGACCCCUCACCCUCCAAGUCCACUUAGCCCCCGACAACCCACUUUGACGCAUCCUAUGGCCACCCCAACAAGCUCGGGACAUGACCAUCUUAUGAAAAUUUCAAGCAGUUCAAGCACUGUGGCUAUCCCUGGCUACACCUUCACAAGCCCGGGGAUGACCGCCACCCUACUAGAGACAGUGUUUCACCAUGUCAGCCAGGCUGGUCUUGAACUCCUGACCUCGGGUGAUCUGCCCACCUUGGCCUCCCAAAGUGCUGGGAUUACAGCGUCAUCGGUUAUCUCGCAAAGAACUCAACAGACCUCCAGUCAGAUGCCAGCCAGCUCUACGGCCCCUUCCUCCCAGGAGACAGUGCAGCCCACGAGCCCGGCAACGGCAUUGAGAACACCUACCCUGCCAGAGACCAUGAGCUCCAGCCCCACAGCAGCAUCAACUACCCACCGAUACCCCAAAACACCUUCUCCCACUGUGGCUCAUGAGAGUAACUGGGCAAAGUGUGAGGAUCUUGAGACACAGACACAGAGUGAGAAGCAGCUCAUCCUGAACCUCACAGGAAACACCCUCUGUAAAAGGAAGAUGGAAAACCCUGGAUCCCUUCCUGAUGUCAGGGCAGGGGGCACUUCGGAUGAGAAAUUGAUCUCACUGAUAUGCCGAGCAGUCAAAGCCACCUUCAACCCAGCCCAAGAUGAGUGCGGCAUACGGCUGGCACCUGUUCCAGGAAGUCAGACCGUGGUCGUCAAAGAAAUCACUAUUCACACUAAGCUCCCUGCCAAGGAUGUGUACGAGCGGCUGAAGGACAAAUGGGAUGAACUAAAGGAGGCAGGGGUCAGUGACAUGAAGCUAGGGGACCAGGGGCCACCGGAGGAGGCCGAGGACCGCUUCAGCAUGCCCCUCAUCAUCACCAUCGUCUGCAUGGCGUCAUUCCUGCUCCUCGUGGCGGCCCUCUAUGGCUGCUGCCACCAGCGCCUCUCCCAGAGGAAGGACCAGCAACGGCUAACAGAGGAGCUGCAGACAGUGGAGAAUGGUUACCAUGACAACCCAACACUGGAAGUGAUGGAGACCUCUUCUGAGAUGCAGGAGAAGAAGGUGGUCAGCCUCAACGGGGAGCUGGGGGACAGCUGGAUCGUCCCUCUGGACAACCUGACCAAGGACGACCUGGAUGAGGAGGAAGACACACACCUCUAGUCCGGUCUGCCGGUGGCCUCCAGCAGCACCACAGAGCUCCAGACCGACCACCCCAAGUGCCGUUUGGACGGGGAAGGGAAAGACUGGGGAGGGAGAGUGAACUCCGAGGGGUGUCCCCUCCCAAUCCCCCCAGGGCCUUAAUUUUUCCCUUUUCAACCUGAACAAAUCACAUUCUGUCCAGAUUCCUCUUGUAAAAUAACCCACUAGUGCCUGAGCUCAGUGCUGCUGGAUGAUGAGGGAGAUCAAGAAAAAGCCACGUAAGGGACUUUAUAGAUGAACUAGUGGAAUCCCUUCAUUCUGCAGUGAGAUUGCCGAGACCUGAAGAGGGUAAGUGACUUGCCCAAGGUCAGAGCCACUUGGUGACAGAGCCAGGAUGAGAACAAAGAUUCCAUUUGCACCAUGCCACACUGCUGUGUUCACAUGUGCCUUCCGUCCAGAGCAGUCCCGGGCAGGGGUGAAACUCCAGCAGGUGGCUGGGCUGGAAAGGAGGGCAGGGCUACAUCCUGGCUCGGUGGGAUCUGACAACCUGAAAGUCCAGCUCCCAAGUUUUCCUUCUCCUACCCCAGCCUCGUGUACCCAUCUUCCCACCCUCUGUGUUCUUACCCCUCCCUACACUCAUUGUUUGUUCCCACUUACUCUGUCCUGGGGCCUCUGGGAUUAGCAUAGGUUAUUCAUAACCUUGAACCCCUUGUUCUGGAUUCGGAUUUUCUCACAUUUGCUUCGUGAGAUGGGGGCUUAACCCACACAGGUCUCCGUGCGUGAACCAGGUCUGCUUAGGGGACCUGCGUGCAGGUGAGGAGAGAAGGGGACACUCGAGUCCAGGCUGGUAUCUCAGGGCAGCUGAUGAGGGGUCAGCAGGAACACUGGCCCAUUGCCCCCGGCACUCCUUGCGGAGGCCACCCACGAUCUUUGGGCUUCCAUUUCCACCAGGGACUAAAAUCUGCUGUAGCUAGUGACAGCAGCGUGUUCCUUUUGUUGUUCACUGCUCAGCUGAUGGGAGUGAUUCCGAGACCCAGUAUGAAAGAGCAGUGGCUGCAGGAGAGGCCUUCCCAGGGCCCCCCGUCAGCGAUGUGUCUUCAGAGACAAUCCAUUAAAGCAGCCAGGAAGGACAGGCUUUCCCCUGUAUGUCAUAGGAAACUCAGGGACAUUUCAAGUUGCUGAGAGUUUUGUUAUAGUUGUUUUCUAACCCAGCCCUCCACUGCCAAAGGCCAAAAGCUCAGACAGUUGCAGACGUCCAGUUAGCUCAUCUCACUCACUCUGAUUCUCCUGUGCCACAGGAAAAGAGGGCCUGGAAAGCGCAGUGCAUGCUGGGUGCAUGAAGGGCAGCCUGGGGGACAGACUGUUGUGGGAACGUCCCACUGUCCUGGCCUGGAGCUAGGCCUUGCUGUUCCUCUUCUCUGUGAGCCUAGUGGGGCUGCUGCGGUUCUCUUGCAGUUUCUGGUGGCAUCUCAGGGGAACACAAAGCUAUGUCUAUUCCCCAAUAUAGGACUUUUAUGGGCUCAGCAGUUAGCUGCCAUGUAGAAGGCUCCUAAGCAGUGGGCAUGGUGAGGUUUCAUCUGAUUGAGAAGGGGGAAUCCUGUGUGGAAUGUUGAACUUUCGCCAUGGUCUCCAUCCUUCUGGGCGUAAAUUCCCUGGGAUCAAGUAGGAAAAUGGGCAGAACUGCUUAGGGGAAUGAAAUUGCCAUUUUUCGGGUGAAACGCCACACCUCCAGGGUCUUAAGAGUCAGGCUCCGGCUGUAGUAGCUCUGAUGAAAUAGGCUAUCCACUCGGGAUGGCUUACUUUUUAAAAGGGUAGGGGGAGGGGCUGGGGAAGAUCUGUCCUGCACCAUCUGCCUAAUUCCUUCCUCACAGUCUGUAGCCAUCUGAUAUCCUAGGGGAAAAGGAAGGCCAAGGGUUCACAUAGGGCCCCAGCGAGUUUCCCAGGAGUUAGAGGGAUGCGAGGCUAACAAGUUCCAAAAACAUCUGCCCCGAUGCUCUAGUGUUUGGAGGUGGGCAGGAUGGAGAACAGUGCCUGUUUGGGGGAAAACAGGAAAUCUUGUUAGGCUUGAGUGAGGUGUUUGCUUCCUUCUUGCCCAGCGCUGGGUUCUCUCCACCCAGUAGGUUUUCUGUUGUGGUCCCGUGGGAGAGGCCAGACUGGAUUAUUCCUCCUUUACUGAUCCUGGGUCCACUUCACCAGCCAGGGCUUUUGACGGAGACAGCAAAUAGGCCUCUGCAAAUCAAUCAAAGGCUGCAACCCUAUGGCCUCUUGGAGACAGAUGAUGACUGGCAAGGACUCGAGAGCAGGAGUGCCUGGCCAGGUCGGUCCUGACUCUCCUGACUCUCCAUCACUCUGUCCAAGGAGAACCCGGAGAGGCUUUGGGCUGAUUCAGAGGUUACUGCUUUAUAUUCGUCCAAACUGUGUUAGUCUAGGCUUAGGACAGCUUCAGAAUCUGACACCUUGCCUUGCUCUUGCCACCAGGACACCUAUGUCAACAGGCCAAACAGCCAUGCAUCUAUAAAGGUCAUCAUCUUCUGCCACCUUUACUUUGUUCUAAAUGCUCUCUGAUAAUUCAGAGAGCAUUGGGUCUGGGAAGAGGUAAGAGGAACACUAGAAGCUCAGCAUGACUUAAACAGGUUGUAGCAAAGACAGUUUAUCAACUCUUUCAGUGGUAAACUGUGGUUUCCCCAAGCUGCACAGGAGGCCAGAAACCACAAGUAUGAUGACUGGGAAGCCUACUGUCAUGAGAGUGGGGAGACAGGCAGCAAUGCUUAUGAAGGAGGUACAGAAUAUUCUUUGCGUUGUAAGACAGAAUACGGGUUUAAUCUAGUCUAGGCACCAGAUUUUUUUCCCGCUUGAUAAGGAAAGCUAGCAGAAAGUUUAUUUAAACCACUUCUUGAGCUUUAUGUUUUUUGACAAUAUACUGGAGAAACUUUGAAGAACAAGUUCAAACUGAUGAUACAUAUACAUAUAUUUUUUUGAUAAUGUAAAUAUAGUGACCAUGUUAAUCUACCCUGCACUGCUUUAAGUGAACAUACUUUGAAAAAGCAUUAUGUUAGCUGAGUGAUGGCCAAGUUUUUUCUCUGGACAGGAAUGUAAAUGUCUUACUGGAAAUGACAAGUUUUUGCUUGAUUUUUUUUUUAAACAAAAAAUGAAAUAUAACAAGACAAACUUAUGAUAAAGUAUUUGUCUUGUAGAUCAGGUGUUUUUUUUUUUUUUUAAUUUUAAAAUGCAACCCUGCCCCCUCCCCAGCAAAGUCACAGCUCCAUUUCAGUAAAGGUUGGAGUCAAUAUGCUCUGGUUGGCAGGCAACCCUGUAGUCAUGGAGAAAGGUAUUUCAAGAUCUAGUCCAAUCUUUUUCUAGAGAAAAAGAUAAUCUGAAGCUCACAAAGAUGAAGUGACUUCCUCAAAAUCACAUGGUUCAGGACAGAAACAAGAUUAAAACCUGGAUCCACAGACUGUGCGCCUCAGAAGGAAUAAUCGGUAAAUUAAGAAUUGCUACUCGAAGGUGCCAGAAUGACACAAAGGACAGAAUUCCUUUCCCAGUUGUUACCCUAGCAAGGCUAGGGAGGGCAUGAACACAAACAUAAGAACUGGUCUUCUACACUUUCUCUGAAUCAUUUAGGUUUAAGAUGUAAGUGAACAAUUCUUUCUGCCAAGAAACAAAGUUUUGGAUGAGCUUUUAUGUAUGGAACUUACUUACUCCAACAGGACUGAGGGACCAAGGAAACAUGAUGGGGGAGGCAGAGAGGGCAAGAGUAAAACUGUAGCAUAGCUUUUGUCACGGUCACUAGCUGAUCCCUCAGGUCUGCUGCAAACACAGCAUGGAGGACACAGAUGACUCUUUGGUGUUGGUCUUUUUGUCUGCAGUGAAUGUUCAACAGUUUGCCCAGGAACUGGGGGAUCAUAUAUGUCUUAGUGGACAGGGGUCUGAAGUACACUGGAAUUUACUGAGAAACUUGUUUGUAAAAACUAUAGUUAAUAAUUAUUGCAUUUUCUUACAAAAAUAUAUUUUGGAAAAUUGUAUACUGUCAAUUAAAGUGUUUUUGUGUAAA